CUUCCCCUGUCUCCUUCCUCCAAGUUCCAACUCAACUCCCCUUCCUCUUUUCCCUUUUAUAUUUAAAUCCCUUCAUUUCGCUUUAUUUACACCCAACCCCCCUCAUCUUCUGUCUCAGCUCCACCAAUUCGACCCAGGUUCUCUCGCUCUCUCGUUCUCUGUUUCGGUAGUACAAUUUUCUGUGAUGUUUUAAUGUGACCGUUGGUGGCUUGCUUGCUUUGUAAUUAAUGACUUGACACACUGAAUUUCUUUCUGCUUCCGGGCUGCCCGGUUAUGUUGGAUUUGUGAUGACAUCAUUGCACCUCUAACCACAUUUGCUCAAACUUGAUUAAAGUGAAUGGUUGUAUGAGUACUUAAGUCGAGUGGGUGAGAGACUCAUUAUCACCUCGUGCUGAGGUCACAAUAAGCAUGCGCCGAGUUCUUGAUUUAGUAGGGCAUACCCACCCUCUGAUAGUUGCGUAGCAAACCACAAUUGCUGCUCAGAUUUAAAAAUUCCUGCUUGAUUGAAUUGAUCCAACUUUCUUGCAUGUAGCACUACUACAAGUAAAUUCUGGGCCGGACGGUUACCUGAACUUGUGGGUGAUUUCGGUUUUUUAGUAUUUUUGGACCGGACUUAGCGUACAUUCAGGUUUCUGCCUGGUUCGGUUUGAUUUAUUGCAGAUUGUAGCAGUACAACUUAGAAACAUGCACCAGGAUAGCUUGUCAGGGUCUAGUUUACAUGUUUAGAUUAAUUUGCAGGGUAAAAGAAAAACUUUACGUUGUCUUCCUUGAACCUUGAACAGUAGUUAAAGCGUAUCGCCGCAAACCCUCUCUUAAACUACUACAUGCUACAUGAACCUUUAGCUGUAAAUCAAGUGUUUGCACAAGGUGAUCUCACGCCAUCGACAGUUCGAGUUAAAGAACAAAACCAAAAAAAAAAAAAAAAAAAAAAAAAUCAUGUAAAAGACUGAACGGAGCCCUCUAAGAACAGCAUAGGGAUCAAAACCAGAUAAAAAUCUCUUUGGAAUCAAAAGAUUCGUGCUUUUCUUUUUAAUGCACGUUUGAUUUGUAGCUUCAGUGAUUGCUCAACAUUAUGAUUUUUUCUGCUCUUAAUUUGUGGAAAUAAUGCUGCUGUUUUGUAGUGGUGCUCUUUUAAGCAGUAUAUUGGCUUGCUGUCAGCACGAUUCCUCCGACAUUUUCCAGCAAGUGAUUGCUGGCAAAAGGUAUUCCAGAAAAAAUUAUGAGUUCCCAAAGUGCAUUGAACCCGAGUAGAGCCCUAGAGGGCAUGCAUGGGGUGCAUGUGGUGCCCUGUUCACGGUUUGAAUCAGAAGAGACUACUGAAACUGUGGACCUUUCUCACUCAACUUGUGGAAGCUCAGCGAUUGGAGCAAAUCAGCAGCUUUUUAUGCAGCGAGUGUGGCAGCAAAGACCGCCUUGUUUGAAGCCCAUCCAGGGCUGCUGCGUUCAAGGUGAUCAGAGUGUUGCAGAAACAGUCGUGAAUGUGCUCACUUCACUUCCUUUCAUAGUUCUUGGAAUCCACUCCCCAAGGAAGAAUCUAAGUACCAAGCUAUAUGCUAAUUCAUUAAUUGGAGUUGGAGUCGCCUCAAGUUUAUAUCAUUCUUCGAGAGGAAAACUAAGGAAGUAUUUAAGAUGGGCCGACUAUACAAUGAUAGCCACAACAACAGUAUGCCUGUCAAGAGCCCUCAGAAAUGAAAACCCAAAAUUGCUGAUGGCAGCUUCUGCAUUAUGUUUACCCUUCCAGCCUCUGAUGGUUUCAGCUGUUCAUACUGGAAUGAUGGAGGUAGCAUUCGCCAAGAGAGCAUUGAAAGAUCCUGAGCUAAGAAUGGCACACACUGUACAUAAGAUGUCGUCACUACUGGGAGGCGUGCUGUUCUUUGCCGACGACGUGUUUCCUCAGACUCCGUUCCUUCAUGCUGCGUGGCACAUUGCUGCAGCCAUCGGUGUUGGCACCUGCAAUAAGCUUCUGGAGUAGCUAUCAUUCAAACAGAUAGAAGACCUGGCUAGUAGGCUAGCUACAAAUUUGUCGAUCCAACCUUAUCAUUUUUCGGAAUAUUUUUCGGAAUGCGGCCGGAAUUAUUAUUUAGUUGAUAUCUAGGUAAAAUCAUAUGGUUACGAGGGUUGUCUGAGAAAGUCCGAACAACUUGAUAAAUGGUUCAGCGCACAUAUUUAUGUAAUUAUAUUAACUAAUAAUUUUAAAAUUGCCAUGCAAAUAGGAUUCCCACUUGCCAA